AUGGUACCUCUCAUCUUCCACGGCACCUUCAUCCACUCGGUCACCCCGCGAGAAGUCGAUAUCAUCGAGAAUGGCCUGCUUGUGGUGUCUGCCACGGGGAAGAUAGUCUUCCUGGAACGAAACAUCCCCGUGGAAGACGUCCAAAAGCACAUCUCGACCCUCUCCUCCGAACCAGACCUGAGAUCCGCACCCGUCACCGUCCUCAAGCACGGCGAGUUCCUCAUCCCCGGGUUCCUGGACACGCAUAACCACGCCCCGCAAUGGACGCAGCGGGGCAUGGGCCGUGGUCUCCUGAUCAUGGACUGGUUGAACACAGUUACCUUCCCGCACGAGGCGAGGUUCAAGGACCCCGAAUACGCCCGCGAGACGUACGCCAAGUGCGUCGACGGCUUCCUGAAGCAGGGUGUCACCACGGCGUCGUACUAUGGCAGUCUGCACGGAGAGGCAACCAAGAUCCUCGCCAAGACGUGUCUGGAAAAGGGGCAACGAGCGCUCGUGGGUAAAUGCAACAUGGCACGCUCCGCGCCGGAUUUCUACGUCGACGAGAGCUCCAAGGAGUCGCUCGAGACCACGGAGGAUUUCCUCGCGUACAUGAAGGAACUCGACCCUGAAUGCCGACUCGUGCAGCCUAUCCUGACGCCCCGGUUCGCCAUCUGCUGCGACGAGGAGUUGCUGGACGGACUAGGCAAGAUCGCCAAGCGCGAGCCGAAGAUGAUGAUCCAGACGCAUUUCGACGAGGCCAGACAAGAAGUCGAAAUCACCCGUCAGCUGUUCCCGCAGUUCAGCAACGAGGCAGAUCUGUAUGAGUAUUUCGGUCUCUUCAACGACCGCACCAUCAUGGCGCACUGCAUCUACCCCAACGACUAUGAGAUCGGCAGAUUGAAGGAGUGCGACGUCGGCGUGGCACAUUGCCCCGUCAGCAACACCACGGGGGGUGAAUGGGGCGCUGCGCCUAUCCGACGCUACAUCGACAUGGGCAUCAAGGUCGGUCUGGGCACCGACAAUGGAGGUGGCUUCAGCAGCAGUAUCCUCGACGCGAUCAGGCAGGCCGUCAUCACUAGUAAUGGGAGAGCUGUGAUGACAGGGGACCGGAAUGCCGUCGUGAGCUUGAACGAGGCCUUCUAUAUGGCCACGCUGGGCGGUGCCAAGGUCUGCAAUCUGAGCGACAAGGUGGGAACCUUUGCUGUUGGCAAGGAGUUCGAUGCGCUAAAGAUCACCACCGCGGAGGGGGAUCGGGUGAGCACGCUCGUUGAAGACGUGGAUACUAUCGCCGAUAUCUUUGAGAAGUUUCUCAUGACUGGAGAUGACAGGAACAUUGCUUCUGUAUACGUUCAGGGUCGGUCUGUUAAAAACUAA